CUCUUUUUUUUUUGACAAACAACAAGCAAAAGCAGAUUCAUCAGAGUAUAGAAUUAAAGACACAUGUAAGUUGUAACACAAUGACUAGCAAAGAGGCGAUAAUACCCUUCUUUCUACCUUCUAUAUAUAUAUAGAGAGAAAGAGUCAUGAGCUUUGCUUGGCAUUAUACUCACAUCUCUCUCUUUCUCUUUCUCUAUGCACAGAACACAAACUUGGUCUUGAAGAACCAAUACAAAACCUAGACACGCAUCGUCUUAUCAACUGACCAUGUCUUCUACUUUACUUCCUUCUACUUCUUCUUGGAGAAACAAGAAACUAACCCGUUGCUUUGUUUCUUACUCCCCCAACAAAACAGUUCCCAUCUCGUCUAAUAAACCAACGUCUUGGAAGAAACUAUAUAACGACGUCGCAUCCUUGAUCCAAGUACGGAGAACCGCCUCUACGAUCUUAGACGCGGUGGAGAACGCCAUCAUCUCCUACGAGCGCCGCCACCAUCCUCUCCCUAAAACAGCCGACCCCGCCGUACAAAUAGCCGGAAACUUCUUCCCUGUCCCGGAGCAACCGGUCAAGCAUAACCUUCCGGUGACCGGAACGUUGCCGGAGUGUAUUCAAGGAGUCUACGUCAGAAACGGAGCCAACCCGCUUCACAAACCAACCUCCGGCCAUCAUUUAUUCGAUGGAGACGGUAUGGUACACGCUGUCCGGUUCAAUAACGGUUCGGUUAGCUAUUCAUGCCGGUUUACCGAAACAAACCGGUUUGUUCAAGAGCGAGAACUCGGUCGAUCUGUUUUCCCCAAAGCAAUCGGAGAUCUUCACGGGCACUUGGGUAUCGCAAAGCUUAUGCUCUUCAACGCCCGAGGACUAUUCGGGUUAGUCGACCCGACCCGGGGAUUAGGUGUGGCUAAUACCGGUUUAAUCUAUUUCAACGGUCACCUCUUAGCCAUGUCCGAAGACGACUUACCAUACCACGUAAUAGUCACCCAAACCGGGGAUUUAAAAACCUCGGGCCGGUACGAUUUCAACGGUCAGCUAAAAACAACAAUGAUCGCCCACCCGAAACUCGACCCGGAAACCCGCGAAUUAUUCGCUCUAAGCUACGACGUCGUUUCGAAGCCUUACUUAAAAUACUUCAGAUUCGCAUCCAACGGUGAGAAAUCUCCGGACGUCGAGAUACCACUCGAUAGACCGACGAUGAUCCACGACUUCGCGAUCACCGAGAACUUCGUAGUGAUACCAGACCAGCAAGUGGUUUUCAGACUAACCGAGAUGGUCAGAGGCGGUUCUCCUGUGGUUUACGACAAGGACAAGAGAUCAAGGUUCGGUGUUUUGAACAAGUACGUGAAAGAUGCUUCGUUGAUUCGAUGGAUCGAAGUACAAGACUGCUUCUGUUUCCAUCUCUGGAACGCUUGGGAGGAGCCAGAGACUGACGAGGUUGUCGUGGUUGGAUCAUGCAUGACGCCGCCUGACUCGGUUUUCAACGAACAUGACGAGACACUUCAGAGUGUUUUGUCGGAGAUAAGACUAAACCUGAAACCAGGGGAAUCUACACGCCGACCGGUUAUUAAGUCCGAAGAAUUAAAUCUCGAAGCCGGUAUGGUAAACCGGAAUCUUUUAGGUAGAAAAACCCGGUUUGCAUACCUUGCUAUAACCGAACCGUGGCCUAAAGUGUCCGGUUUUGCGAAAGUGGACUUAUCUACCGGAGAUGUUCAAAAGUAUAUAUACGGAGAUGGGAAAUACGGAGGAGAGCCUCUGUUUCUGACAGAGGUUUCCGGUCAUGGAGAAGACGGUGGUUACGUUAUGGUGUUUGUUCACGACGAGGAGAAAGUGAAAUCGGAGCUACAAAUUAUUAACGCCGUGAAUAUGAAGCUUGAAGCGAUGGUCACGCUUCCGUCGAGAGUGCCUUACGGUUUCCACGGGACGUUCAUGAGUAAUGAUGAUCUAAUGAAACAAGCUUUGUGUUAAUUUUAUAUAUUUAUAUAUAUAUAUAUAUAUAUUUAAUGUAUAUUUAGGGUUUUGCAAAUGUUAUAUAGUCUAUGUGAGCAGUGUGUUGAUAGAGAGAG